AUGCUGGUCAAUGUUGAGAAUCACAUUGAUCAAAUCAAAGAUCUCCAAGAAGCACUCACAAUAGCAAUUGUGAAUAUUGUUGGGCGGUGGUGGGAUCCCGAGGUGGAUUUUCCGAGUCGGAUGCCGCUUGAGCCAUAUGAAGAGGAUCUUUUGAGAUGGAUGGAAAGUUUGCCAACGGGAACAAUUCCCUCGUUCGAUCAGUGCCUAGGAUCCUGGCGGCCUGACUUUUUGAUUGAAAAUGUAUCCGAUUCUUCCAAGCCUAACUGGACUUGCGAGAAGUUUCGCAUCUGCGAGAUCAAUGCUCGCUUUUGCUGGAAUGGCUUCUUCCAUGGUGCCUAUGGUCAACAGGCUUUGGAUGAUAUGGGUGCCGAAGAAAAGGGAUUCCAGGGAGCUGCGAACUGUGAAGAGAUUGUUAAUGGAUUGUUCAAUCUAUUCGACACAUCCAAGACUCUUCAUCUUCUUAAGGGGGAAGAAAAUGGGAUUGAUAUCGGGAUGUUGGCCUUGGCUGUUGAACGACGGACGGGAAUUUCCCCUCGAUUUAUCAGACCCGAAGACCUGCGUUUGAUUCCAUGUAGUGAGGCACUUCUGGGUCAACGGCUCUGCUGUGUAAUCCCGAAUGAUGCCGCAGUCUCAUCGACAUCGACUGUAUUCCAGUACAAUGGCGAACGACUUGAGGAAAUCCAACAAGUCAAUCUUGAGCUUCACCAAAGAGAGUUACGUGCAAUUCCGACUGAUAUACUCCGCCACUUGUCAUUACGCUGUUUCAAUGAUAUGCGCACCAUCUUUCUCGUCCACGACAAACGGAUGUUAGGCCUUGUUCAACAGGAACUCGACUCGCUUGUUUAUCAGCAGGUUCUGACUCCAGCUCAGGCUGAGAUUCUUCGAGAGGGCAUUUCGACGACUUUCUUACCAGGGUCUAUGGAGUUGGACCAGCUCAUUCAAGAUUUUCAUACCAACCCCAAUAUCAAGAACCAAUUUAUCUUGAAACCCAUCAGAGGAGGAAAAGGCGCGGGGAUUCUCUUCGGCGACGAACUUUCUCUAGAAGAUUGGCAAAAGCGGAUAAAUGAUUGUCGGUGUGCAACGAUCUCUCCGGAUCACACCUCGUACAUUGUUCAGCGGAGUGUUCCGCAACCACUCUAUGAUGUGGUUUCAGGGGAUGGCUGCGAGAGCAAGCAGGUGCGUCUGGUUGGUACGUAUUUCGUCAUUAACGGUCAAUACUCUGGUCUGGGAAUAUGGCGUGCUAGUCCAGCUCGCAUUUGCGCCAUAUCCCAGGGCGCAUCGUGGAUGUGUUCAGUCUUUUAG